AUGACACCUGAAGAAUUUAGUCGUGAAAUCUUUCUUCUAAUGGAAAAGGGCCUUUCAAUUUCUCCUCAAGGGGCCAAUUCUGAGGACUUAGCUCAAAACUUUAAGGAUAAAAAUAUACAGCCUACCAUGGAAAAUGUAUAUAUGCUUGUUAUUAAAUCCAGAGCCAAGAAACUUGGCGAUUUUGACGACUCUGUUGUUGCUCGAUAUGGUGAACUCUCGUGGUUCACGCUUUCUGAAGAAGAAGAAAGUAAAAUUAAGAUGCAAUACCAAACCAUUGUAAAUCAAAUUAUUACAAUUUUGACAUCACGUUCAUCGAUGUCUAUGCUAACUAUUUAUACCACUUCAACCACUGAGCAGCCGUGGGAAGACAUAUUUAAUGACGAGCGUAGAAGUUAUUUUGUUUUAUCAUUAGACCAAGAGGACAACAGAGCAUUUACAGAAACAAAACUAAACGAAAUAUUAGGAAAAUUACAAAGUAUUUACCCAAUGGCUGAAUAUAAGCCAAGAAAAGACAACAAUUUUUCUAAUAAUAUAAAUGUAGUAAUAGAAAGCCCGUUAAUCACACAAAUUAAGUGGUUAGCAGAUAAUAAACAAGUAAAGAGAAAGAAACCAGAGGAUCCGCCAAAGUGG